UUGAUAUGUCAUUUCUGUUUUUCAUAAAAUUGAGGUUAUUACUUAUUUGAUUAAUCAAAAAAAAAAAGUUAACUCAAACCGGGUUGAAAACAUGGACGAAUUGAAACUGACAGAUACAGAACAGAGAUAUUUUUCCGAUUUAUAUUUGUGUUGCGAUCAUGAAAAUACUGGCAAACUUACAUUUUAUAAGGCUACUGAAUUUUUUCAAAGUAGUAACAUACCUUUAGACGUAUUAACUAAGAUAACGGAAAUUGCAUGCCAAGGUAGUACAUUCUCUUCGUGUGAUAUCAUAAAUCGCAAACAUUUUUUUGCCAUUUUAAAAUUAAUUGCUGCAUAUCAAGCAAAUAUACCAUUACGUCGUGAAUUAUUAAACGUUUGUAUAGAGUUACCAUUACCACGAUUCACAUGGCCAACAACAUCUGUAUCAAAUGAUUCUUCGUCCAUAAUCAAUAAUGCGCAGUCAUCCUUAUAUAAUAAUUUAAAUAAACAAUUAGAAGCGUUUCAUUUGGUUGAAAACGAUACUGAAAUGUUUACAAAAAAUACCGAUUUUACAAGUACCGAUUCCGAAGUGGAAUCACAGACUGAAUUAAAUAAUGGUGACAUUGUUCGUUUACGUGGAACUUCGCCAGGAGCAUCAAGUACCGCAUCAGACAGUCCUACACCGACAAAUAGUAUUCAAGAACGUUCCUGGGGUGUAGCUGGUCGAUGGCAAGGUCCACCUUGCGAAGAACAACGGCAGUUACUUGCCACGGAAGAAGAAUCAUCGGACGGGGAAGUGUCGAAUGAAGUGUGGAGUAUUAACUCGGAACAACGAGAGUAUUAUACGAAACAAUUUAUAUCAUUGCAACCGGAUGUUGAUGGAAUUGUUCCUGGGCAUGUAGCUAGGCCAUUUUUUGAAAAAUCACGUUUACCUGUAUCGGAAUUACGUCGUAUUUGGCAAUUAGCUGAUGUGACUCGCGAUGGUGCUUUGAAUUUAGAUGAAUUUAGUGUGGCAAUGCAUUUAGUUGUGCUUAGGCGGAAUAAUAUUUCUCUACCAGAUGUUCUUCCUGAAGGAUUAAUACCCCAAUCAGUUAGAACUUUGUAUCCACAAGCAUCAUCACCCGUAAUUCAACCCCCACCUACGACAACCCCACCGGAACGGCAAAAAGAUACAGCAGCUAGAGAAUGGACCAAAUUUGUAGAUAGUCCAACUUCAAGUAUAUCAUCUCCUGGACCGAAACCUGUUAAUUUUGAUUUUCAUAAAUCAGCAGUGGAAACCGAUCCAAAAAUAUUACAUCCAGUUGCGUUGAGAGUCACACCUGAAAUAACACCGACAAAUACGACAGACGAACCAGAAAUUCAACCUAGAAAGUCACCACGUGCAUCGUUAACAGACACAACUCAAGCGAAUGAAAUACGACCUAUUCAAAGACCUCAAGCGAAAAUAAAAAAUACACCUGGACCUGGUGCUUUACCACCACCACCUGAUGCGGGACCAAUGAGUCUACCUUUAGGACCACCUAGAAAAGAAGCACCACCUCCGCCGCCACCAAGACCGUUACGAACGCAUACUAGAAGUUCAUCGUUAGAUUUAAAUCGGUUGGGUCGUAUACCGCCUGCAGUUCCACCACGAGCUAGUCCAUCACCUGGGUCUCCAGUAAAACGACUUGUUAAUCAAAGAUCUGAAGGUGAUAUUUUACCAUCAAAUGUUCAAGGGAAUGAUGAUGAAGGUGCUUUUGCUAAUUUUGAUCAUUUUAUUGCAAGCGAAUCUCAGCCACCAGUACCAGAAACCUAUGAAAAUGUUUUACAGUCUUCUGGUAUUUUCCCAGGAGAGCAAUUGGAAGCAGAGCGUAGACGUUUAUUUGCACAAUUUACAAAAGUAUCAACUGACAGUUAUGUAGCUGCUUCAAGUGUAACGACAAGUGGACCUGUAAGUGGUGAUGUAAAUGAUCAGACAUCAACAAAUUCCUCAACCGCUGGAAUUCCUCGAAAACAUGGUGCAUUUGAAGUGUACAGAAAACCACAAACACUAGAUAGUAACACAACGUCCUCAACUUCCACGGUGGCUGCUAGUUUAGGUGUUAAUAAAAAAGAAAUGUUUAGACGUUUACAAGAACAAAAUGCAACACUUUUACGAAUAUGUCAAGAAUUAAGUCAAGAAUUAGCUGAUGUUAAAGAAGAACGUAUUGCGUUAACAAUCCGACUGGAGCAACAACAACAAUUACAACAGCAAGCUUUAAGUGGUACUACCGGUACCGGGUAAUUUAGAUUAUUUUUACAUAUGAAUAUCAAAAAUUAAACCUCAAUCAAAAUUUAAUAACUGAUUUUAAUCGAAAUUAAUAUAUUGACAACAAAAAUGCUCUCGCUUCGAUCAUAUUUUUUCAGCGUUGGUUCGUUUUUUUCUGUUUCAAUAGUUUUAGAUGAUUUUUAUUGCUUGUUCGAAAAAUGCAUUCCUUUAAAUGAGUGUAUUAAAAAGAAUAUAAGAUUUUUUAUUUUGUUACUAUUUACGCUAAACGCCAGUAAAAUUUCUAGAUUAAUCUAGAUAAGUCUCGAGAAAUUUUUAUCCUUAGUUAUUUUGCUACACACUCUUUCCAGAACUAUCACAGAUAAUCGCGGGAAUGUCCAAGCGAUAUUUUAUAAGGGAGUGCCGCAUCGAAAAUCGAUAGUAGUUCAAAAAUUUCGUGUGUGUUUCAGUGAAAGUGUAUUUUAAGAAAUUUGAGAACAAACAAACUUUUAAAGUACGGAAAGUUCUGAGUGAGAGUUCAGACUACGAUUAACGAUUAUCGUCGAAUUCUUUAGGCAAGAAUUGAUUUGUUGUCAGGAAAUAAAACGAAAAAUUUGCAAGAUAGAUGAAGAGUGUAGUUUGUACGUUGUCUCUUUUUUCAUACUAGCAUUAUUUUUAGGCUCAAAGUGAUAUUCUUAGCCUAACCUUAUUAAGAAGAAUUCAAAACUACGCCGGUGUGAGACAUUUUGUAAUGUGGAAAAUAUUUGAAAAGCUUUGUUAAAUGUGAGAUUUAUGAGACAAUUCCCUUUCGUUUAAAAAUUAAAGACUUUCUUCACAAAACACUCGCAAUUGCUCCUUCUAAUAUUAAAAUAAUUGACUCCCUCGCUUACCAAUCAAAUUAUCUUUGGAUACCGAAUUAUUAAAGACAUCACAGUUUUUAAGUGGAGCAUGCACAAAAACUGAUACAGCCAAAGGUGAUGCUUAAUUAACGAUAUCCAGGAAGUCUAGUGCGUGGGAGCCCUAAUGCUCAAUAAUUCGUAAUAAUUUAAAUGCUGGCUUAUACGCUAUGACAGAAUUGCACACUGGAUCUUAGUUUUGAUUAAAAAUUAUAACCAUUACAGUGCUUAAACUUAAAUAAAUAAAUAAAUAAUUUUGGUUAUUUCAGGGGGUAAGAUCGUGUAACUUUUUCUUACCAAGGGGGAAAUUAUAUUAGUUUUACGAUUUUACCCUUUUUCGGUUUUCUUUAUAUACUUUCCCCAAUGCUUCAAAUCCUGAUUUUGAAAAAAUAAAUGUUUAUAAAAUAUUGGGUGUCUCUGAAUAAUUUCUCAAAUAUUUUCUAUCCAAAUAAUUUAUCGCUAGUAUUUAUUAAACCGAGCAAAAUUUAUUUAAACUAUCAGUUAUUCAAAUUCAAAAUUUUAUUCAAAAACAAAUGUUUCGUUAUAUAUCCUACGUAGUGAAAUUCGUUGUAAUAU